CGAAUUGUGAAGUGAACCAACCAGCAAGAAGCCCGCCAAGCGUCGUCUAUCGCGUCCAUUGCAGGAAGCGGAUUUCGAAUUGUUUUUAGCUGUAGACUGAAAAGACUGAAUCAUGGCUUCAGUAAAGGAAGCCAAGUCACCAGGGAGGUCCUCAAGGACAGCGUCCAAAUCAAAGUCCAGGAGUCGCAGUCGAAGUCGCAGUAGGAGCCGUUCUAGAGGACGCACUUCCUCAGCAUCUCGCAAACGCAAGCCUACAACCCCUAAACCAAAACAAGAGAACAUGGAGUCAAACUCACCAGCUAGAACAAAAGCCAGAACCCCUGAAAGGGCUGCGACUCCCACCAGAAAGUCAGCACGUCUUCAGAACCUGAAUCUUGCCCCAGAGGAAAGGAAGCCAGUGAUAUUUGAGCCAUAUUUAGAUGAGGAGAAACGUGUUCCCCGUACUAAGAAGACAGAGUUCGGAGGGGCCAUUGGUGCAUUUUUCAUGAUCUUUGGCCUCCCAGUCACAGUUUACUUUCUGAACUUUGUUUGCACCCAGAACAAGUGCAAACCGUACCUACCUGUUAUACCAUUGGACUGGCAGAGUUACUUUGACAUUCAGGCUGCUGCCAUAUACCUCGGCUGGAUGGCCUUCCAGGCUCUACUGUACAUGGUACCUGUUGGCCCAGUAGUCAUGGGGCAGCCACUCCGUUCUGGUCAGCGACUCAAGUACAGAUGUAAUGGUUUCAUCUCACUUUGUAUAAGCCUUGUUGCCUUUGGUGCUGCUGUCUACUUCAAACUUCCUGUUGGUAUUGUACUGCAGAAGUUUACUCAGCUCAUCACCACAGGAGUUGUCUUCUCUUUAGUCCUCAGCAUCAUCCUUUAUGUGAAUGCGAGGAGAGGAUCAAACAACAAGUUGGCACCUGGAGGAAAUACAGGUAAUUUUCUGUAUGAUUUCUUCAUUGGUCAUGAGUUGAAUCCUCGAGUUGGUAGUUUUGACCUCAAGUUUUUCUGUGAGCUGCGACCUGGUCUAAUUGGCUGGCUUAUGCUGAACCUCGUGAUGCUGACUGAGCAAUAUAACAAGCAAGGGGCUCUCCCUCCAGCACUUACCAUGGUCGUGGUGUUCCAGGCUGUCUAUGUGGCUGACGCUCUUUGGUUUGAGGAUGCCAUUUUGACAACCAUGGACAUCAUUCAUGAUGGUUUUGGAUUCAUGCUUGUGUUCGGAGACCUUGUUUGGGUGCCAUUCCUCUACGGUCUACAGACACGCUACCUGUCACUGUAUGGUGUUAAAAUGGAAUGGUACUGUCUGGUCUUCAUCGGCAUCCUCAACUUGAUCGGCUACUACAUAUUUAGAGGAAGUAAUUCUCAGAAGAAUGAAUUCAGGAAGAACCCAUACAAUCCAGCUCUAGCCCAUCUUGAGACAAUCCCAACAGCAUCUGGCAAGCGUCUGCUGGUGUCUGGAUGGUGGGGACUGUGCCACAAACCGAAUUACCUAGGAGACAUCCUUAUGGCUACUGCCUGGUCACUGACAUGUGGGUUUUCCACACCAGUCGUUUACUUCUAUCCUGUGUACUUCACUAUCCUGCUGAUCCACAGAGAAUACCGUGACGCUGAACAAUGCCAUAAGAAAUACAAGGCCAGCUGGGACCGUUACUGUGAACGAGUGAAAUACAGAAUAUUCCCAUAUAUUUAUUAGUCUUACCAGUACAUGAAGUUGUUUAUUACCUACCAUUAGAAUACUCCACAGCAUUUCUUUUUUGUAUGUAUUAGUAUAUAAUACAUAUUCAGUUAUUUUCCUUUUGGUGUAUUUUGUUAGGUUUUUUGUUUUGUCAAUCUGUCAUGCACAUGAAAUUUUGUUUUUGGCAAAUAUUUUAGAUUAUUUUACUUUUAAAAAUGUUUCUUGUUGAAAUUGAUACAUUAGAUUUUCGUUUAAGACAAAAAUGCAAUAACACUGUGUAGUAAAUGUUCAGUGCGUUGUUUUAAUACUGGUGUCUGUGGAAAUCAUUUUGCCAUUUUCCUGAUUGUAGAAAAUGUUCAUUGACUCUCUGCAAAUCAUAAUUUCAUUGUUGUAUUUUUGUGUUUAUUUCUUUUUAAUUGUGGAUUAUUUUUAUUAUGGUUUACAAAAAUAGUGCCUUUCCUGAAAAAAACACUGCUUUUCCUUUUUAGAUAACUGCAAGUCACAUUUCACAAAACAAGUGAUUUCGUCAUAAUUUGUGUGAAAAAUAGUUUUCCAUGACUACUUAUUUUACAUAUAAUUAUCUGUAUUGAAAUAUCUUCAUGUCAAUCAAUGAUUACUAUAUUAAAAAACUAAAACCUAGUCAUUAUGAGAUAGUGUACACACAGGAAGUGUACACACAGGGGUGAUUUACAAAACUGCUUUUACAAUGGAAUAGGUUCUAUAUACCGUAAUCAAGAGUGAAAAUGAUGAAAAUCUGAAAUGUUAUUUCACUAUAUUAAUAUCGCAUGUUCAGACAACUUUUAUUUAGAUGGGGAGAGGAUAUUAGAGUUUUUAUAAUGCAUACUGUUUGUUGUAUACAGGAACAAGUUCGUAGCUGAAUCAGUGAAUAACAAAAAUUAUCCUAAGAUUAUUCUUCAAUCAUGAUAGCUAAUCCAGAUAUGAAUAUGUAUAAAUAGGAAGGCACUUACAACACAGCAUAGGUGUGAACAGUUGUCAUUGUUUACAAGACAGCUUUUUUUUAGAUAAUGAAAUAUUUUAACUGAAUGGAUAACUUGUAACUUGGGUGAUUAUGAAUAGUCAUGUAUUGCACAGCUCAGACUGCAACACAACAUUCUUAGAAAAAUUACAGUCUUAUUUCUGCAAGAUCUCUUCAUUGAGUAUGACACGACAAAAGAGAACAAAAACAUCUGAGUGUGAUUUCUGGCUAUAUUGUAAAAUCCUGUAUAUAUAAGAAUCACUAAUUUACAAGAGAUUGCUGGAUGUAAAUGUGUAGUAUGUACAUAGUCCCAGCAGUGUAAUGCAGUGUCCUGUAUAUAGAAUGGUGUUUGUACAGAAGUUGUAGCUUUUAGAAUGUAUAUAAUUUGCUAGAGGUUGGAAUGAAUCGGCCUAUAAGCCAUUGAUAGAGGUCCAAUGCUUGAAGUAAACGUGUUUUAAGGAUUCUACUGUAAAUUGGGAUGUUUUGACAUGAAUAUUCUGACACAUAAAUGUAAAUAGCAUACUUAGUUUAAAUAAGUGGGUCGGAAUCAGUAUUCUGAAAAUUAAAUGUCAUAUACUUAGCUUACAAGAAUUUGUUUUUGUGAAAAUUUGGCAUCUUGACCCAGCUUCAAAGAAAAAAAGAAGAAGAAAAGGUUUAUAUAACUGUGUCCAAAAUAUUCCAAUUUACAAUAAAUAAGUUUGUUAAAUGUUUAAAAUAAUGAAACAUUGACAAUGUUAUUUUUAUAUUAUUAAAAAUAAAGUUCCAGAUAAAAUUGAGUGUAUUGACCAAAACAUGUCUGUAUGAAGACAGUCCCAUGAUAAUAUAUUCCAGAAAUACAGCUUGAUAUCACAAUAUUGCUUUA